GAAGGUAUGUCAGACGACAGAGAGUUAACCAAAUAUGAACGAUAUAUUAAGGUUGUUGCUGCCGUAUGUGCUUAUUGGACAUGUUCGAUUGGUCUCGUAUUUCUCAAUAAAUACUUGCUGAGCAGCGACGAACUCAAGCUUAAUGCACCUUUAUUUGUCACAUGGUUCCAAUGUGUGGUUACUGUCUUUCUAUGCUUUUCAUUGUCGUUCCUAUCAAAGAGCUUCCCAAACACCAUUAAUUUUCCUCGGAUGAGUGUCGACGCAAAGCUAAGUAGGGAGGUGCUGCCUCUCUCUAUCGUCUUUGUUGCUAUGAUCUCUUUUAAUAAUCUAUGCCUUAAAUACGUUGGUGUCUCAUUCUACUACGUUGGACGGUGCUUGACAACUGUCUUCAAUGUGGUAAGCUCUUAG